GACACCUCGUGCUUAAAUGCAAAAGUUCAGUCUUCCUCUUCACUAUUCUGUGUUCACAGUUCACAGCAGCAUAUUCAAAUCCUUCCUCUUCAGUCUUCCCAGCAGCAUAUCCAAAUCCUUCCUCAAAGGUACUUGCUCUGUCUCAACAUCCUCUCUCUCCACUGCUUGUUUGGUGCCUAUGAAGCUUACAUGUUUGAGCAAAGGUGGUGGUUACCAUCUCCCACCCUGCCACAUACUCAAUAUAUGUGGUUUUACCAUUUUAGUGGAUUGCCCAUUGGACCUUUCUGCUCUUACAAUCUUCUCCCCUAUUCCUUCUAGUUCAGAAGCUAGUCACUUGGAUAAAGAGAGUCCCAAUUCCCUAAACUAUAGUGAUUUGUUAGAUUUGGAGGAGCCCUUGUUUCGGAAGAGACAAAAAGUCGAAAAGUCCCUGGAUGCUGAUGAUUUGAUUUGCGCAGUCCCCUGGUACAAAACUGUCAAAAACUUACACCUAUGGAAUGCCUCUUUUAUUGAUGCGGUAUUGAUAUCGAGUCCGAUGGGUAUGUUAGGAUUACCAUUUAUUACUCGGAUGAAGGGAUUUUCUGCUAAGAUAUAUGUGACUGAAGCAACAGCAAGACUUGGGCAACUUAUGAUGGAGGAUCUUGUUUCGAUGCAUAUGGAAAUCAGGCAGUUGUUUGGACCUGAGGAGUCAUCUUUUCCUCGGUGGAUGAAGUGGGAAGUGCUUAAGCUUCUUCCGUCUUCGUUGAGACGGCUGGUAUUAGGCAAAGAUGGGGGUGAGCUGGGUGGUUGGAUGCCCUUGUACAGUGCAGCUGAUGUGAAGGACUGCAUGCAGAAGUUUCUAAGAGUUAAAUAUGCAGAGGAAACUUGCUACAACAGCACAUUGAUAUUAAAGGCAUUCAGUUCGGGAUUAGAAAUAGGCUCUUGUAAUUGGACGAUAAAGAGUCCCAAGGGGAGUGUUGGAUUUAUUUCAAGUUCCAUCUUUGAUUCUGCUCAUGCAAUGAAUUUUGAUUACCAUGAUCUUCAAGGGAAUGAUAUGAUGAUAUAUUCAGAUUUCUCAUUCUUGGAUGCUGCGGAACAUGUUGAGAGUGACUUCGAUAAUGCAAGUGAUUGUCAAGAGUUAGCCAAGUCUUUACUUAAUAUUGAUGACAGUUUGGAGGAAAGGGACAAGCUAACUUUUAUAUGCUCCUGUGUAAUUGACUCUGUAAAAGCUGGAGGCUCAGUCCUUAUUCCUAUUAGUCGACUUGGGAUUAUUCUGCAGCUGUUGGAACAGAUAUCAUCUUCACUAGAUGUUCUGAAUUUGAAGGUUCCUAUGUAUAUUAUUUCUUCUGUAGCUGAAGAACUAUUGGCUUUCACCAACAUCGUACCUGAAUGGCUUUGCAAGGAACGGCAAGAAAAGCUGUUUUGUGGUGAGCCAUUGUUUGCACAUGUCAUGCUCAUAAAUGAGAAGAAGCUUCAUGUGUUUCCGACAGUUCAUUCACCUAAAUUAUUGAUGAAUUGGCAGGAACCAUGCAUAGUUUUCUCUCCUCACUGGAAUCUGCGGCUUGGUCCUGCUGUUCAUUUGCUCCGGCGCUGGUGUGGGGAUCAGAACUCCUUGCUCAUUCUUGAGAGUGGACCGGAUGUUGAGCUGUCUCUCUUACCGUUCAAGCCAAUGGAAAUGAAGGUUCUUCAAUGCUCUUUCCUCUCUGGGAUAAGGUUGCAGAAAGUUGAAGCGUUGCUGAAGAUAUUGGAACCAAAAGUUGUUCUGGUACUUGCAUGUCUUUAUGCAUUGUAGAUUUUCAUUUUCUUGAUGUAUGAGAUUUCAUCUCUUUAAUAAGUCCUCUGUUUAUUUUCUG